UGUCCUCCUUCGCAUUCUCUGCCUUCCUCCCUCUCUCACACCCCUUUCAGCAGAGCCCUCCCCUCACACCCGCUGACCCAGGAGGGACCAUCGCCCAGGAGCCGCUCGGAAUCCGGCGGGGCCCAGAGGAGGCCCGGAACGGACUGAGCUGGGGCCGGGUGUCGGGACCGCCGGGCAGGCCUGUGGCGCUGGGGGGGCGGUCCGAGCCGUGGACAGACGGAGGCCGGACCCUUGGCCUCGGUCCCAGGGGGCGGCGCCGUGGUGGGAACGCUCCGGGUCCCGCCCAGGCGGGAGCAGAACAGGCGGUGCCCGGGUGGCCGCGGAGCCAUGGACGGCAGCGGACCCUUCAGCUGCCCCAUCUGCCUGGAGUCGCUGCGGGAGCCGGUGACGCUGCCCUGCGGCCACAACUUCUGCCUCGCCUGCCUGGGCACGCUCUGGCCGCACCGCGGCGCGGGUGGCGCCGGCGGGCCCGGAGGCGCGGCCCGCUGCCCGCUGUGCCAGGAGCCCUUCCCCGACGGCCUGCAGCUCCGCAAGAACCACACGCUGUCCGAGCUGCUGCAGCUCCGCCAGGGCUCCGGGCCCGGGCCCGGGCCCGGCUCGGCCCGGGCCCCGUCCCCGGCUCCCGAGCCCGCAGCGCCCAGCGCUCCGCCCAGCGCCCCGGAGCCGUCGGCUCCCUGCGCACCCGAGCCGUGGCCGGCGGGUGAAGAGCCGGUGCGCUGCGACGCGUGCCCCGAGGGUGCCGCGCUGCCCGCUGCGCUCUCCUGCCUCUCCUGCCUCGCCUCCUUCUGCCCCGCGCACCUGGGCCCGCACGAGCGCAGUCCCGCGUUACGCGGCCAUCGCCUGGUGCCGCCGCUGCGUCGGCUGGAGGAGAGCCUGUGCCCACGCCACCUGCGGCCGCUCGAGCGCUACUGCCGUGCGGAGCGCGUGUGCCUGUGCGAGGCCUGCGCUGCCCAGGAGCACCGGGGCCACGAGCUGGUAUCGCUGGAGCAGGAGCGCACGCUCCAGGAGGCUGAGCAGCCCAAAGUUCUGAGUGCUGUGGAGGAACGCAUGGACGAGCUGGGCGCCCGCAUUGCACAGUCCCGGCGUACGGUGGCCCUCAUCAAGAGCGCAGCCGUGGCAGAACGGGAGAGGGUGAGCAGGCUGUUUGCGGAGGCUGCAGCCACCCUGCAAGGGUUCCAGGAGGAGGUGCUGGGCUUCAUCGAUGAGGGGGAGGCCACCAUGCUGGGCCGCUCCCAGGGCGACCUGCGGAAGCAGGAGGAACAGCGCAGCAGGCUAAGCCAGGCCCGCCACAACCUCAGUCGGGUCCCUGAGGCCGACUCAGUCAGCUUCCUACAGGAGCUCCUGGCGCUCAGGCUGGCCCUGGAGGAGGGGUGCAGCCCUGGGCCCACUCCCCCGAGGGAGCUCAGCUUCACUAAGUCAGCCCAAGCUGUGAGGGCAGUGAAAGAGGUGCUGACUGUGGCCUGCGCCAGCCAGUGGGAGCAGCUGCGGGGGCUGAGCGGUGACGAGGACGGGCUGCAGAAGCUCAGCAUGGAAGAUGCUGAGUCCCAGGAUCCUGAUAGCACCGGCCACCUGGAGAGUGAGGUAUCCAGGGAUUACUUCCUCAAGUUUGCUUACAUCGUGGACCUGGAUAGUGACACGGCAGACAAGUUCCUGCAGCUGUUUGGAACCAAAGGUGUGAAAAGGGUGCUAUGUCCCAUCAACUACCCUGAGUCGCCCACCCGCUUCACCCACUGUGAGCAGGUGCUAGGCGAGGGUGCCCUGGACCGAGGCACGUACUACUGGGAGGUGGAGAUCAUCGAAGGUUGGGUCAGCGUAGGGGUCAUGGCUGAAGACUUCUCCCCACAAGAGCCCUAUGACCGGGGCCGGCUUGGCCGCAACGCCCACUCCUGCUGCCUACAGUGGAAUGGACGCAACUUCUCGGUCUGGUUCCAUGGGCUGGAGGCGACGCUGCCUCACCCCUUCUCGCCCACGGUUGGGAUAUGCCUGGAAUACGCCGACCGAGCCCUGGUCUUCUAUGCCGUACGGGAUGGCAAGAUGAGCCUUCUGCGGAGGCUGAAGGCGACCCGGGCCCGGCGGAGUGGUCCCCCGGCCUCCCCCAUUGACCCCUUCCAGAGCCGCCUGGACAGCCACUUUUCUGGGCUCUUUGCGAGCAGGCUCAAGCCUGCCUUCUUCCUGGAGAGUGUGGACGCCCAUCUGCAGAUCGGGCCCCUCAAGAAGUCCUGCAUAUCUGUGCUGAAGAGGAGGUGAUGCUGGGGGCCUGGGCCUCCUGCGGCUGUCUCAGCUCCUGGGUACCCUGUGUCUCUACACCCUCGGCUUGCCCCAGGGAAGGCACCAGCCGUCUCAUUUCUAGAGGCCUCCGCCUGCCAUACACUUGGCCAUCCACCUCCCAGGGAACAGGCUCCCCAGGCCCCUUCAAAUGACCCUGUUCCCCCACAGGCCUUGUUUCCAGGACAGGGAGCCACAGCUGGGACAGAUCCAGGAGGACAGAACCCCUCCUUUUCUAGGUUCCUAGGACAGUGCCUGGCACAUAGUAGGUGCUUAAUAAACGUGUUGAA